AACGCCUGGUCAUAUCUGGGAAAUGUGCUCAGCAGAGAGCUGGAACCACGUUGUACAUGUUUUGCUGUUUUAUGUGCCUGUUUUUGGAAGUUUGAGAGUAAGAUGACAGAAUUUAAUGGGACUACGGGCAUUGAAAUAGACAAUUUGACUCGGCAAUCCCUUUCCAACAUUGUCCUUUAGAUUUGCUCCUCUAAGUGAUCCAACAGCAUCAUGCUAACCCCAGCGUUUGAGCUGAGUCAGGAUUCAGACUUCCUUACUCUAAUGAUCCGCGUCCCCUACACCAGGACGUCAGAAUUUGACCUCUACAUUGAUGGAGAGGACUUCAAGAUCUACGCUAAGCCGUACUUCCUUAGGUUGACCUUACCUGGAAGAAUAGUAGAGGAUGGAAGAGAAAAAGCAUCAUUCGAUAUUGAGAAAGGUGUGUUCACGCUGCGGGUGCCCAAGGAGACGCCAGGCCAACACUUUGAGGGACUGCAGAUGCUGACCAGCCUCCUGGCACCCAAGGGCUCCCGCUCUGCCAAGCCCCUGGUGGAGGAUAUGGAGCCGUGCGCAGGGAGCGCAGGUGCUGACCUGGAAGAGGAGGAGCAGGAGGGAGAGGAGGAGGAGGAGGAAGAGUUUGAUUGGCAGGUGGAGCAGACAAUGUACACUGAGAGCUCUGAGGAGGAGCUGAAGCAGCUGCAGAAGUACGGCUUUGGCAGCCUGAGGUCCGGAGUGUUCUCCAGGCUACAGGAGGAGCUGAGCGACGUCAUUGAUGUGAAAGACCCAGACAGCGCACUGCCAGCGGCGAGGAGAAGCGGCCGACAAGCAGCGGAACACAACAAGUUCGACCCAGACCAUUACCUGGCCGACCUGUUUGAGGACGAGGUGAUCCAGAGCCUUCUGAGGUUCCGGCCGUGGUGGAGUCCGGAGCAGUCCCAGAACAGCCCUGCACCAAUAGAGUUCUCGGACGAGGACAAGGAGCAGAUGAGGAAGUUCACCAACCGCUCGUACCUGCUGGACAAGUCGACCCGCUACCACGUGUGGCUCAGCCUGGUGGACAUCAUCCUGGCCUACGCCUACGAGAUCCGCGUCACGGAGGGAGAGCACAGCGUGGAGUCUCCCUGGAAUAUCCGCAAGCUCAGCGGGACCCUGUGCUGGCUGGAGACUUACCACUCGCUGCAAGACGUCUUGGUGUCGUUCGGCAGGAGGGCAGUGUCGUACCCCCUGUACCGCCACUUCUCUCUAGUCACCUCGGCGAUACGAGACGCAGCGCGGAUCUUCCAGACUGGCAAGGCCUGUGUCCUGAAAUGCCUGCUGGAUAUCCACAAGAUCUUCAGACAGAACGACCCCGCUUACAUCCUCAAUGACCUUUACGUCACAGACUACUGCGUGUGGAUUCAGAAAGUCAAGUCCAGGCAUGUGACUGCUCUGGCUGAGCCCCUGCAGAAAGCCACUCUGACGAAGAGCGACCUGGGGCUGGAACUGGAGGAGCUGGAGGCGGCCGGAGCACUGGUGGAGCAGGAGCAAGAAGAGGAGGAGGAAGAGGAUGAGGAGGAAGAGGAUGGGUCAUCGAGCGGAGAGGAGUCCGACAGUAGUAGCAGCAGUAGCAGCAGCAGUAGCAGCAGCAGCAGCAGCUCCUCUGAGGACGGCAAUGAUUGUCAGACUGAGGAGCAGAGCGCUGAUUGUGUGAUAGUGAAUACAGGUGACAUGGCAAGGAAAAACCUCCUCCAACCUCAGCCCGCCCCUGCCCCGGCCCAAGGCCCCUCACGCUUCCCCCGUGGAGGAACAGACACCGGCCGCCAGGUGCAGCUGAUCCAGGAGCUGGGAGACCGGCUGGAGGAGGGGCUGAAAAUCUCGCUGGCACAGCCAGAGGGAACGCCUUCCACCGGCAGGAGCGCAGAGCCAGAGUGCCAGAGAGGGGUGGAGCUGGAGAAAGGGAGCGAACCAGCACAUACACACUCGUCGUCCACGGAGCAGACCCCAGCGCCGUCGGCUGCGACUGCCAAAGCCGAGAGGACGCUCCUGAAUGCCCGUGCGCGGAGAAACCCACUGCUCAUCGUCAAAGCUGAGGACCUGGACAGCGACGAUGACGACUGUUUACCUGAUCUCUGAUGAACUGACAAGCGGAGGUUUGUGGGGCCUCACACAGCCUGUCAUCUGUUCAUGGACUGUACAGCCAUGCAUCCUCAGGAUCUCGUUAGGCAGAGCCUAAUUGACCUGGCUCUCAUUUGUAGUUGUAACAUGCUCUCUUUAAUCAAGGUUCACCAGUGCAUCAUGUAUGGGUUGUUUUUUUUCCCCUCUUCUUUUCUCGUUUUUUUUUUAUAUUAAACUUACUUAAAAGA